CAUCUAGGGUUUGCUAAAGCUUGAACCUUUCUUCUCUUCGAAGAGGUUUUGAUUUCCUGGGCAUGAAUUUUUCCCUAAUCUUGUUACCUUUGAAGCAGAAGAGCGAAAGAUGUCAGAUUCUUCAAUCCAGGAAAGAUACUUAGUUGGAUACGCACUCGCAGCCAAGAAACAGCAUAGUUUCAUCCAACCUUCUUUGAUCGAACACUCAAGGCAACGAGGCAUUGAUCUGGUCAAGCUUGAUCCGACGAAAUCGUUGUUGGAGCAAGGGAAGCUUGAUUGCAUAAUCCACAAGCUUUACGAUGUGUAUUGGAAGGAGAAUCUUCAUGAGUUUCGUCAGAAAUGUCCUGGUGUUCCUGUAAUCGAUUUGCCUGAGGCUAUCGAGCGAUUGCACAAUAGGGUUUCGAUGCUUGAGGUGAUAACUCAAUUGAGGUUUCCUGUUUCAGAUAGCGAAAGGUUUGGUGUUCCGGAGCAAGUUGUUGUUAUGGAUUCGAGCGUCUUGAGCGGUGGAGGAGCUUUAGGGGAGCUUAAGUUUCCGGUGAUUGCUAAACCGUUGGAUGCUGAUGGGAGUGCCAAAUCUCAUAAGAUGUUUUUGAUAUAUGAUCAAGAAGGGAUGAAGAUUCUGAAAGCUCCGAUUGUCUUGCAGGAGUUUGUGAAUCAUGGUGGUGUGAUCUUUAAGGUCUAUGUGGUUGGAGAUCAUGUCAAAUGUGUAAAGAGAAGAUCUUUACCUGAUAUCUCUGAAGAGAAGAUUGGGACGUCGAAAGGGUCUCUUCCGUUUUCGCAGAUAUCGAAUCUGACUGCUCAAGAGGACAAGAACAUAGAGUAUGGUGAGGAUAGGAGCUUAGAGAAAGUGGAGAUGCCUCCAUUGAGUUUCUUGACUGAUCUAGCAAAGGCCAUGAGGGAAUCAAUGGGACUCAAUCUCUUUAACUUCGACGUGAUUAGGGAUGCGAAAGAUGCUAAUAGGUACCUAGUAAUUGAUAUUAACUACUUUCCUGGAUAUGCUAAGAUGCCCUCUUACGAGCCUGUAUUGACGGAGUUCUUCUGGGACAUGGUCACAAAGAAGAAUCAUGUCUGACAAAGGAACAUUGUUGUUGGGGAGGAUUUGUACCAUUGCAAUGUGUUGCAACUGCCAUUGCAAGCAUCUCAAUUGGUUCUGGCCUACGGUGACUAGCUGCUUCGCUAAUUUUCAUUUGGAUUCUUGAACUUGUGCUUUUUUCUAUAUUUUUUUAGUUGUUUCUCUUUCGUUUACUUCCGAGUUUUGCAAAGCCUUGUUCAAAUGCACAACUGUUGCUACUCUUGAAAGCAUUGAAUCUCUAAAUUCUUGGCAAUGUGCUCUGUUCUCAACUGUUGGUACUUAGUUUUGUGAUUUCUUUUCAAGCUUUUAUGGUGCCUGUUUUCCUCAAGUCUGACAAGAGUUAGAUAGUUGAUUAAUGAAAUGCCUUGCAUUUU